AUGUCAUCUGAUAAAAGCUCAUAUGAAAAGCGGCAUGAUGACAUAUCAGAUUUGAAUUUGAAACGUUCUUCCACUUGUAUCCUGUUUAGUGAACAACAACAAUUACAACAAGUAUCAUUUCAACAACAAGAAAGCGACAAAUGUGGCUCUGGUUGUUUGAAAAAGUCGAACAGCUAUGAAGGUCAAUCCAAAUCACAAAGUAAUGAUAAAUGGAAUUCUGAAUCUUGUUCGGUACUGAUAGAAGGUAUCAAAAAUGUUGGUGUUUUGUACAAUCCAUAUGAAUCACGCUCAACUAAAUUUAUUCAUUGUGAUAUCGAAAUAUCAGAAGAAAAACUUUACAAACUCAUAUACGAUGAUUGCAAGCAACAACCACAUUUAAUAAUAAGCAUUUUUGGAGGUACAAAAUAUUUUAAAAUGAACGAGCGUUUGGAGAAGGAAUUCAUGCGUGGUAUUAUUGAUGCAGCUACAAUUGCUGGUAAUGUUUAA